ACUUGCAGCUUCACGGAAAGCGAUCUCCGGAGGGGGUUUUGAAUUGCAGGGAAAGUGCAGUCUCUGUAUAUGGACUACUGGAGCGGGGCUGCGGUCUGUGAGGGGGGGGCAAAGUUUCAGGACACAACGUCAAGCAGUUAUCAGAGAAGACGCGCAACAACACAGCAACAGUUUCAAUAAACCGUGACAGUGCUGGUGCGAGUCAGACAAAUGUUCCGAGUAUUGGGAGAAAGAAAAUCCUAAGGAAAAAUAAUUGUGGGAAGUCAUGGCGUAUUCGAAAGUGAAAGUGUUCACGGCACAGUAAUGGAAGCAACUCCUGUUCGGGACUCGCAAUAACAUCGCAUUAUCUCGUCGUAUUCCCGUCUGCGUUUUGAUUCGUACUCCGCCGUGCAAACAUGAAGCUGUUUGAAAUAUUGAAAACAAUAUAAACAAACAAACAAACAAAAACAGUGUCGCUUGUUGUUUAAGAUUUAUGUUUCUGGAAAUGUACCCAAGUUAAAACAACUUGGACGAGGUUUAAACAGUAUACCAGCACUUGCCGGUACGUCUUUGGAGGCUAAACACAAACAUCUGUAGCAAGUCGAAGUGAAAUUGUAACUGCAGUAUUAAGACAUGCAGAACUGUAACUACAGCCUGACCGCAACUGGCGUCCUUACCCGGGAUGGUGAACUCGAGCUCCGGCAAGGGUGCCCAGGUGGAGUCGGUGUUUCCAAAAAGAAUGGAGCAAGCAAACCAGAAGCUGGCAUUCCCAAUAAGAAACGCGGUCAGAGGAAAAUGCUGGUGUCUCUGGACGUGGCGUGCCUUAUCGUAGCGUCCCUCCCUUUCUUUGCCUGCGAGUUCGGCGCAGUGCUCCCAUACAAGCGGGGGUUUUUCUGCAACGACCCAAGCAUCUCAUACCCCUACCUGGAAUCGGAAUCCAUCAGCGAUGGGGUGCUGAUAGCCGGCGGCAUUGCAAUCACUGUGAUCUCGAUUCUGCUGGGAGAGUUUUACCGCGUGCGCUUCCUGAAGGUGGAGUCUCGAGCCUUUGUGUCAAACCUGUACGUGUCAACGCUCUACAAGGAGAUCGGCAGCUUCCUGUUUGGUUGCACUGUGGGACAGUCUCUCACUAACAUGGCCAAGCUCUCUACCGGACGACUGAGGCCCAACUUCCUGUCUGUGUGUAACCCUGACUACGCCAGCCUCAACUGUUCUGCAGGGCUCUACAUUACAGAGGACCACUGCCAGGGAAAUGUCUCUCUCAUAAAGGAGGCAAGGAAAUCCUUCUACUCGGGCCAUGCUUCCUUUGCGAUGUACACCAUGCUGUACCUAGUGUUCUAUCUGCAGGCCCGGUUCACAUGGCGUGGUGCUCGUCUGCUGAGACCGCUGGUCCAGUUCCUGCUGUUGAUGCUGGCCCUGUACACCGGACUGACCCGGAUCUCAGACUACAGGCACCACCCCUCUGACGUGCUGGUGGGAUACCUGCAGGGGGCGCUAGUCGCUUACUGGGUGGCUUUUCACAUUUCCUGCAUGUUCAAGACCAAGACUCCAGCAAUGAGUGACCCUUCGGACAGUUUGGACAGCCCUGUGUCCAGCAACCUCCACAGCAAGUGCUAGUGGACGGGGGGGGGGGGGGGGGGGAGAUGUCUACCUGCCGCUAUGGGAGAACGAGGGACAAGCUCCCCACAAAGCAGCUCCAGUGCAGAUUGCACAGUUUAUACCACACAAGAUAACUUUUUUUUACUCAAGUUGGAGUUUGGUAUUCACUUCCACAAGCUAUUGGUAAUCUUACAUUGCCUUGGCUAUUGACAGCUAGUCCAAAACUCACAGCGCAGUAAAAAAAACUAAAAAGCUAAAAGACAUUUGGCAGCGCAUUGAAAUCAUUGUAUCUGUAAAUACCAGCAACCAAGGGUGCCUGUGGUUUUUAAACAGGGAGCAAUGUGGACACAGGUUGAAAGUGGCUGUGCUGCGCUUGCCUUCACACACACACACAUGGUAUUGAAUUACAGUAUUAAAGCCCAGUGAAAAUGUAUUGUCUUUGGUUAUAUAGUUUAAGGUGUUGAAGGGGGUUUGAAUGCACAAGCCUUUCUCCUCUGAUUUCAAUCAGGACUUCCAGAAACUGUCAUUUUGGCACUCGGCAGCUUGUGCGGGUCGUCCCAAGAAGAAAAUGAGGUGGGAACGAUAAGUGAACUGCUCCUUCACCCCCCAGUCCUGUAAACAAGACGUUCCGUCCCAUCUUUCUCCCUUAGUAAAGACUGUGCACUGGAGCUGAAACAAAUCACAGAAUCGUUCAGUUUAACAAAUCUACACACAUCUAUAAAUAUAUAGAGAUAUGCAAAUAUAUUUUUUAUUUUUAAUAAAAGCGUAUUUAGCUCAAGCUGCUAAAGAUUUUUUUGUAAACUUUGUAAGAACUUUUGUAAAUAGUAAUAAAAAAAAAAAAAUAAUAAUAAUAAUAAUAAUAAUAAUAAUAAUAAUAAUAAUAAUAAUACAGUAGUCUCCGGCUAAGAGAACACCCCUCAGGAAGCAAGCAAAGUGUUUUUAUAGCUGAACUGUUCUCUAAAACGAAGUUAGCCACCAGACACAAUCUGAAUCAAUAAAUACAAAUGUAUUACUUGUCAUGACGCACGUCCAUCAACAUGUGAAAUUAACAGAAUAAGAGGAAAGCAAUCGGCAAGUGUAUGUUAACUAUAAUAAUACCAUUAAUAAACUAACUGUUUCUGUCAAGAAAAUGCUGCAGCAAAAUACAAGACAUGCACAUUAUUUAACAGAAUGGUGAAGCAACUCACCAGCACGGGAAACGCCAGAUUGCUCGACGACUUCAGGUUUUUUUUUCAAGAGCUCGAACAAUUUCUUGUAGCAAGAGAAACAGCGGCGCAUUUCGCUGUUUUGUUUGCAUGCCGUUUUUUAGCGAUGAGGUGCACUCGUGGAAAUCAGGAUGCAAAACGAGGCCAUGACAUGACGACGGUUCUGGAAAGAUUUAAUAAACCAAUCGGUGUGCCUGAAGGCACUCUCGCGAUGACAAGUCGCUUUUGAAAAGACUGAAUAAACCAUUUUGAUUUAAGUUUUGACAAUGAUGACGAUCAGGUUACAAAACAGUAACCGUUGUGAACGAGUCACUAUCAGUGCCAAGAAGGUGUUCUUUUGCAUGAAGUUCCUGUUCUUCAGGCAAAGUGUUCUCUUAGGGUUUUCUUAGACUACUGUAUUAAAAAAGAUUCAUAAUAGAUCAAAGACCGACUCUCCAGCUAGAUUUAACAGACUGAAUUUUAUUUUUUAAAAGUGCUAUAUACAGAUCAAUUGCUUUUUGGUGACCUGAUUUUAAAAUGUAAAAAGUAAUUAAGUAUCAGAUGUCAUUUGAAUUGCUUUUGUAUAUUUACAGUUAUAUCGGGUUUGAACUCAUUCUGAGUGGGUUCUGCUGCUCCAUUGUGAUUUCAUAUCGUUUUUCUCUCAAUCUGCCUUUGACUGCUUGUCCGGAGAAUCCUAAAUGCCGGGGCUAACAGCACCCCUCAUUCCAUUCAAACAUGUGACAGUGUGACCUUUCAACUUUCUUAGCCGGAAUUAAGACAACAGUGCUCAUACGGUUAACAUGAUGUGAAUGGAGCGAGGAAGGGUGUUCAGUCCAGGCAUUUAGGAUUCUCCUGACAAUCUCACAGCCAGGUAAAGGCAGUUCCAAAGAGAAAUAAUAAUGAGUCACAUUUGAAGCUACGUGCUCCUAAAGAUUUCAGGUCCACUCAAGCUGUUUAUCAGUUUUUUUUACAUAGCUGGUACAUUUCUCCUGGAAGUUGAAACAACUUGGCACGGCUGCUGGAAACUCAAAAACACGAAAACAGUUCAUUACUGGAGCCUGAGGAUUAUUCAAUUAUAUGCAAAAUGUGUAAUAAUAAAAAAUGAUGUAUUGCUUUCAAAAAUCAAAUGCACCUUUUAUAUAGCGAAGGUUCUUUCAUUUUCUUUAUUUUUUUACAGUGUAUAGAUCAAUGUAAAUAAGACACUUGAAACAGUGUUAUUGCAAAUUUCACUUUGCAUUGACCAAGACAGAAAGAAACAUUCUUCCCUCUCCUUCGAGUCUGUUUUGCUGUUGGUCUUUUGGUGCAGACUUCUUCACGUCAGGUUAUUUUCCAGUUAUUUCCUUCCUGAGUUACAGGAAAUAAGACCCCACCUAACCCUACAUCGCUUCCUGCUAGCAGCAUAGAAUGCAAGGCUGAGGUAGGGUUCAAUUAACUGUAACACAGGAAGUGAACUUAUAGAGUGGCUGGAUAAAAGGGGAAACGUUUGAAAAACAAAAUCAUCAACAUGUUGGAGCUGUUAACCUUGGAUAGUGUGCCUUUAUGUUAUUUUUAAAGCUAUGUAAUGUACAUAAAAAUGGUGUACCGCUGUCUGUAUGUGAAAGUAUUAGAGAUCUCUAUUUCCCUGCCCUAGGUCCCGUUUUAGUGAGUAGAGACAAGGGAACAUGGAUUUAACCACUGUAUUCAUUCGUGUCAACAUAAAUGAAUAAAAGACAAAUGUGAAACCUUUUUACUAA